UUGCUAAUCUACUUUAAGGAACGCCUCCAUACAGUGUAGUUAUAGUGGUAAAAGAAGAUCGAAAAAGUUUAUGAAGUUUGAUAUCUGUAUUGUGUUGUGAAGAACCACACAGUUUGUGGGUCACUGUGUCAUAAGACGGACGCUACAUGCUCCCUCCUGGGUCAUCGGGCAGAUGUGGGGCAGCCCGCUCACUCGCUCAGUUCCAGUACGUUCCUCACUGUGUCCACGGUGACUCUCACCUGCUGCCUGGGGUCUGCUGACACCAGCUGAUGCACCUGCAACACAGGGUGGCAAGAUGGCUGGGACGUGGCAGUACCUGCUGGUGGCGAUAAUCUCCUGCGGUCUCUGCUUUUUGGUGUCUGCUGAUGACAGUCAAGAACCCGGAGUCGGCUCAAUCGGAGGAUCCUCCGCCGAAGGAACCAGAGACCCCAAAGAAACUAUUGUACCCUCCUUGGAUUCUCCUACUCAGACACCAAUAAUGCAGUCACCAGCAAUGUUUAAGUCACUGGACUUCGAGAGUAUCAUAACAGAACUGCCCAACAGAUUCGAUAAGAUCUUACAGUUCAGCAAGGUGAUGGAUAAGGACACUGUACUUGAGACAGAUCUAGCGGACGAGUCAAGGGCUAGAUGGAUCAAAUAUGUCCUUCAGCAUUUGCCAAUAAUCCCAACGAAGAAGGUUGUCCCACAGAACAUUGAACAUCCCAUGAAGGACGCCCCCCGCGCUAUGUGGAAUCAAUUGUUAGAAACAAUUCUCAAGGGAUAUAAUAUAAUUUCGGUUGAUGACAACGUUACGCAUCCUGAAAAGCAGGAAGACAACGAUGUCCACACAUUUUACACGGCAGUCAACAUCGACCCUUUUGGACAGUUCUUCAGUGUGGCAACAAAGUUUAUUAAAUCCAUCUCUAAUUAUGAUUCAGUACAUACUUGGUGGAACAAAUUCAGAGAUAUUUAUCAAUAUUCAGCCUUCAGCGAGGGAACGACACUUGAUUCGGAGAAAAAAGACAUUGGAAGAUUAAACUUGGGCAUUUUUCAAUUUCCACUUGCCUUUGGUCAAAAUGAUCUUCUGAAGCUGGCCCUCAACUUCCUCACCUUCCUUGGCAUUCAGUCACUCUUCUGGUCGGCCUAUGCCCCCACCCCGUUCACGGUACUGGAGGACGAGUAUGACUACAACUAUGAUGACGGUGACAAUGGGGAGGGAACUGCGGACGGUGGAGAUGACUAUGACUACAAUGAGAAUGAUUUUGGUGACACUCAAGGUUUUGAUGGAUUUAAUCAAGAUGAUAAUGAAGAUCCUAAUCAGGGUUUCGGUCAAGGCACUAAUCAAUUUGGUGGAGAAACACAGAGACGACGCCAGAGUGAAUGGCCGCACCCUUCCUACUUACCCCAGGUAGUUUCCAUCGCCCAUGGGUUAAAAUACAGACAGAAACCUCUCUCCAGAAACUAGUAUGGAUACAGGCAGAAGAACUGGACUUUCUGUGCUGACACACCUCCGUCACCACAAGACCACCAAUAUCUUCAGCAAGAAGAAGCAGAUGCACUGGAUGCUUCACUGGCCCCUUAGUGCUAUAUUCAGACACACAAGGUGAUAAUAUCAACUACUUAACCACAGUGAACAACUUGUAAGAACUGGUAUACAGUACUGUACUGUAUGCGAUCUUCUGUUUUCACAAUUUUUCAUUUUUGUAUGAUAAAUGCAAGUCACGUUUCCUUUACUA